AUGUCGUCCAGUGGAACCAAGGUGAAGGAGAAGACCACUGCCAUGAAGACCGGGGACAAGGGCAAGGACGAGAAAUUCGAUUGGUCCCGGCAAACGGGGCCGGAUCCGCGAGAUCCAAGGAAUGUUGGCCCGCCGUGCAUGGGCAGUCACGACCCGGCUCGCCCGGGCCGAGGCUCUCCUUCAGGGUCGAACGCCCACGGGUGCUGGACGGCAUGCAGCCGUUGCAAGAUGCGCCUCAUGUACGUGCCCGCGUUUGGGGCACAUGCCCUGACACGCAAAGCCGGUGCCUUGCCGGCGGAUGUCGAAAAGCAAGUUCAAGAACUGGGCAACGAGGCAGCCUACGACUCCAAGCUGCGGGACAAGGACAUCGGCCUGGAUGCUGCGGAACGAAGCUGCAUGGCGAAGCUGGAGAAGAUCAGGGUUCAGAAGGCCGAGUACCACAAGGAGAAGAAGCCCGAGAUGGCACAAGGGCCGAUUGCCCCACAGCCAAAGGCGAAGAUCCCGCCGACAGCAACGGUGGUGAACUUGGAGGAGGCCGACAAUGCAAUGCUGCCAGGCCGAAAGGGACGAAGAAUGGAAGCUCCAGAGGAGUUGGAAGCAGCACAGCGGGAGGAGGUGGAGACGGAGAAGUCCUUCACCAUGGACGCCACUGACUAUGACCAAGCGUCGGAAGAGAUCUAUGUCACAAAGAAUCUGGCUGACUUUGAGUCCAAGCGCAUUCACCUGUCCUUGGAGGAGUACUUUGAAGAGUUCGACGAUAACGUCUUCGAAUGUGGUGGCCUACGUGAGUGCGACAUGCUGGACGUUUUGGAGCUUUGCUGCGAAGAAGACAGCCUUUUGACGGCGACUGUCUUGAAGAUGGGUGGCAAGGCUGAACGAGCUGGACUUUUCAAUGGAUGCGAUCUUCUCAAAGAAUCUGGACGCGAGAAGGUCGAAGAGAUCAUCCGCACCAGAAAGCCUCGCUGGAUUUGGGUGUCAUACCCAUGUGGCCCUACAAGCCCUAUUCAGCACCUCAACGAGAUCACCGAUGAUGGUUGGAGGAAAAGUAUGAAGAGACGCCAACGACAUCGACGUCUUCUGAAAGCUGGCAACGACAUUCUGGAAGACUAUGCCAACGCUGGUGGCAACGUUGCCUGGGAGUGGCCUCGCUAUAACGAGGGUUGGAAACUCUCGGAAGUCAGAACCUUUUGGAACAAGUUCGACUACAUGGACCACGACUUCGACGGCUGCAUGUACAAUCUGAAAUCCGUCAACGGCUACCACAAGAAGCCCUGGCGACUGAGAUGCAAUCGCAAGGGAGUUUUCCAUGCGAUGGAGCGAUGCUGUGAUGGAAGUCAUCGUCACGAUCCUUCGAUGGGUGGCACGGUGGCUCGGAAAACUGGCCUCUACACCCCACAGAUGUGCAGCCUGGCGGCCAAGAUCAUGCUGGGCUACUACAUGACUGACUAUGCCAUCUUUGGUGCCGAGUCCAUCGUGAUCGACAGGGAAGCGCUCAAGACUAUGACAACACAGGAGCUUGAGAGACUGUCCUUGACGGUGCUGAAACUUCAUCGUCGAUGCGGCCACCCAAGCAACAGAGCUCUGGUGAAAACACUGGCUGCGAGAGAUGCAGAUCCCAGAAUGCUUGCUGUGGCCGAACAAUUGAAGUGUGAUGAAUGCCAAGAAGGACAGCUGACAAAACCUUCGGUGGCAGUGUCUUUGGAAAAGGAGGAGAAGAUUUGGAACACGAUGCAAAUGGACGUGUUCUUCUACAAGCAUGGCAACAACGUUCACCACUUCCUCAUCAUGCUGGAUGAAGCUUGUGGCUUUGCAAUCUCUGCCGAGCUCCUGGUGCACACCACGGACAUCCAUGCCAACGUGGACACUCCAAGCGUCAUUGAAGCUUUGGAGGGAUCGUGGUUUCAAUACUUUGGCCAUCCACGACGCAUCAGAUGCGACUUGGAGGGAGCUUUUCGUGGCCGAGAACUGGAAGCCUACUGUGCCGAUCGUGGCAUCGAACUUCUUCAAGUUCCAGCAGAACAUCACCAAGCAACUGGCGAUGUGGAGCGCUUCAUUGGUGAACUACGUGUGAAGGUGGAAGCCUUCCUGAGAAAUGAGGAUGUGCCUGCGAGAAGAGCGGCCUAUGCUAUGACCUCGGCCCACAACCAUCUGGCUCGUGUUGGAGGAUUUUCUCCAGCCCAAUGGGCCUUUGGACAACAAGUUGACAACCUCGACAAUGUGGCCCUGCACUCCUCAGAAGGCACCGCCGGCCAUGCGAUGUCAGAAAAUCUUCAACUUCGCUUGAAGGCUGAGAAGUUGUAUCUUGAACUCCAGGCCAGAGCAAAGAUCUCCCGAGCUAUCAACAGCAAGGGGAAAUCCACUGUGAGAUUCUUGCCUGUUGACUUGGUCUACUACAAGCGCUACAAGGUGCCAUCUGACUAUCCUGCUCAUGAGCUGGUCGAUCAGCCCAGAAUGAGGAUCAGGCGACUCAAGAAAUGCCAUCUGGAUCAGCUGCGGCAUUCCAGCGAAAGAGAACGACUCAUCGCGGAACAAGCCCCAGCAGCCACAAUGCCAUGGACGUUCAACGCCCUGGAAAACCUCAUCCAGAAGGGUGCCUAUGACGACAUCACCAACGACUUCCCUGCCACCAAGAAUGCGAACAAACAGCAGCGGAAGGCUCUGAGAUCUAGAACUCCAGUGCCCAUGCUGCGUGAGAGAAAGGAUGAAAGACCAACAACUCCCACACCAAGGGAGAUGGCAGUUCCAACCUCAACUGCUGCCUCUGAACCCCCAGAGUUGGGGAUGAUUCCAGCGCAAGAUCAACUACCUGCAGAGGGAGAACAAGCAUCUUCCUCAACCUCUCAUCGAGACCCAGAUGAGCAGCCAGUGAUUGAUGGCUCUCGACUUUUGAUGGACGUGGACUACAACCCGCUCAAGCGCAUUGGAGGCCAAGAUCAACGUCCUGGAGACGAUACUUUCCAACGACGUCGACGACAACAUGAACUACAAGAACGACCCUUCCAUGUGCAGAAGCGUGAGUUUGAGACGGCCAUCAACUGGUGCACUGAGGCAGAGAACGACUUUGUCUACGGCGUGGAGAUUCCAAUGCCGGAGGAUGAGAAGGCAUGGCGAAAGAUCCUGAAGAACCCCAGCAAGUUCACGGCCAAGAGCGUCCAGAAGGGUGCCGAGAUCUCUUGGGGAAAACUUGAUGGAGUUCAACGAGCCGCCAUGCAGGAGGCAAAGCUGGCCGAGGUGCACCAAUGGGUGCGAGAGGAGGUGUGCCAGAAGUACAAGGGUAUCAUCCCAUCUGGCCGACUGAUGAAAAUGCGCUGGGUCCUGACGUUGAAGAGCACCUCAGAUGCCAAGACAGCCAAGUGUAAAGCACGCAUCGUGCUCCUCGGAUAUACGGACCCAGAUAUCGAGGUAUUAGAAACCUCAGCUCCCACACUGACAAGAAGGUCAAGACAAUUAUGUCUGAACCUGGCCUGUGCAAAGCGCUGGAGGCUUGGAAAAGCCGACGCAAAAAGUGCCUUUUUGCAAGGCUCAGACAAUCAGAAGGUCAGACAGAUCUUCGCUAUCCCUGUGCCCGAACUUGCUGCUGCCUUGGGUGUACCUCCAGGAGAAGCUGUACAACUCCUGAAGGCCGCCUACGGCCUCGUGUCAGCGCCACGAGAGUGGUUCUUGGAGGUAAACCGCGUGACCACGGAGGAUUGCGGUCUACGCCAGCUGAAAUCAGAUCCAUGCAUGUGGGUGUUGGAUGGUGAAACCCCAGGAUCCGAGCCUCGAGGUUUCAUAGCCUCACAUGUGGAUGACUUCUUGAUUGCGGGCGACGAGACCGACCCUACAUGGCGCAACUGCCUGGAGAAGUUCCGAGCAGCUUUUCGCUGGUCACCCUGGGAAGAACCACCAUUUUUGCACUGCGGCGUGGUGAUUGAGCAGCGAGAGGAUUUUUCCUUCCAGCUGGACCACUCCGAGUACUGUGGCGAGAUCAAGCAAGUGGAGAUCAACAAGAAUGUGGAGGGCGUCACCGCUGAAGAGAUGUCCCAAUGCCGAGCAGUUCUCGGAGCAGCGCAAUGGCGCGUGUUGCAGACAGCACCGCAGCACGCUGCGAAGCUAUCCUGGCUUCAGAGCGCACUUACAAACUCGACAUCAAACAAGGACAUCCUGAACCAGGUGAAUAAACUAUGCCGCGAGAUCUAUGCCCAACGACACCUAUCAGUUCACACGAAGCAGCUCAACGUGGAGAAGCUUGCCGACCUGGCCAUCGUCUGCUGGACAGACGCAGCAGUGGGCAAUCGCCCUGACUUGUCAUCGACGGGAGGCUACAUAGUGGGUAUGGUCUCCAAGGAGAUGCUCCAAGGUCAACGCGAGCAGGAGCUGAUGAUGCUGCGAACCCAGUGGGCUGAGCUUUUGGGCAUCCCUGUGGAUCUUCGAGCACCUCACUUUGCUACGAGCCAGAUCCCUGCAGCCAUGGUGGUGGAUGCAAAGAGCGUCUACGAUGCGGUGCAGAAGGGCGAAACUGCAAGUGCAGCUUACAGUAUGAAAGAAAAAUAUGCUGCGCUCGAACUGAUGAGCGUAGCUGAAAACCUACGGUUGCAAAACACACCCCUCCUUUGGGUGUCGAGUGAUGCCCAGCUUGCUGAUGGGCUCACCAAAUCAGCUGCACAAGAGGUCAUCAAGAAUUUCUUGAUGCGAAAUCAAACUUGGAAUGUGAAGUUUGAUCCGCAGUUUGUGGCGUCGAAGAAGAAGCCCAAGGAAGAUCGCAUGACGCAAUCAUUGCCUGAGACAUCUACUUUCCCUACUGAAUGGGCAAUGAGCGUAGUCCAAAUGCUUCAGCACACUCACUCACCUUUCGGCAACAGCCUUUGGGGUGUGUGA